AUGCCUCCUUUGGACCGCUUAAACAAGCUCCGAAUAUUGCGCAUCAAUUCUAAUUAUCUGGGAAGCGGAGGAUACGGUGAUUUGAACUUCUUUUGCUCGUUGACUAACACCACCAGUCUACAAUUGUUGUCCAUAUAUGGAAACAGCUUUGGCGGGACAUUGCCUGAGUGCAUCGGUAAUUUCUCCGUUAAUCUUAUGCAAUUGAAGCUGGGCCAGAAUCUGCUGCUUGGCACGAUUCCUCGAAUAGUCGAAAAUCUCAUCAACUUGGAAAGGUUGCUUUUGGAUCACAACAGGCUUUCAGGUACAGUCCCCUCGGUUUUGGGAAAUCUUCAUAACUUAGUGGAACUAGAUUUAUCGUAUAACAAGUUUUCCGGGGCAAUUCCUUCUUCAUUAGGAAACCUAGUAAAGCUAGCACGACUCCAUCUCGAUCACAAUAAAUUUCACUGCUACAUUCCUUCACGUCUAUCGGAGUGCCGAAGUUUGGUGGAGCUUGAUCUUUCUAGCAACAACUUAAAUGGAACUAUACCUUCAGAGUUCAUAGGUCUCUCAUCACUGUCUAUACUUCUAAACUUGUCUCUGAACCAUCUCGCUGGUGUCCUACCAAAGGAAGUCGGGAAAUUGAAUCUUUUGGCUCAAUUAGAUGUCUCUAGAAACAUGUUAGAUGGCGACAUUCCGGCCAGUCUUGGCAGUUGUGUUGGAUUGGAAGUGCUCAAAAUGCAAGAGAACUCUUUCCGAGGCUCCAUUCCUUCAUCUAUUAGUAUGUUGAGGAAUGUCAAGGAGCUAGAUCUUUCACACAACAAUUUAUCCGGUCAAAUUCCGGAGUUUUUUUAG